AUGAGUUACCCUCCAUACACGGGCGUUUUUUCGGAUGACCUGGCGACCUACGGGGAGGAGGCGGACGAGGAAGGUCUUCCGUGGAUUAUGUGGUUUUGUGAGCUGAAGAGUCAUGAGUUCUUCUGCGUUGUAGACCGCGACUUUAUUGACGAUGAAUUUAACCUUACAGGUCUCUCCACGAUGGUAUCCUUCUACCACUACGCACUGGAUCUCAUUUUAGAUCUGGAGACGCAGAACAGUGCGCGCCUAACGGCGGAGCAGCAGCGCCUGGUGGAGUCGUCAGCGGAAACUCUUUAUGGUCUCAUUCACGCCCGCUUCAUCACAACGCAGCGCGGACUUAAACUAAUGGAAGAGAAAUUUGCUGAGGGAGAAUUUGGUCGCUGCCCGCGCGUGUUCUGCGGUGGGCAGGCGGUGCUACCGGUAGGACAAAGCGACGUUGUGCGUGAGAGUUCCGUGAAGUUGUACUGCCCGAAGUGCCAAGACAUUUAUUACCCGCGCUCCUCCCGUCACCGAACACUCGACGGGGCCUUCUGGGGGACGACGUUCCCGCAUCUUUUCCUAAUGCACCUGCGCGACAGUGGCAAGGUGAUCGCAAAGCCAAAGCAGCACUACGUUCCACGUAUCUACGGCUUUCGCCUGCGUGAAAAGAGGGACGCCAGUGAGGUAUGUGAGUACGAGCAGGCGCCGGCAACGGAGGAGGCGGAGGCCGGGACGGGGGCGAGAGCCGUGGAUGCCUCUGUUGGUGAAAUCACACCGGUAAACGCAUCCGAUAAUUUGGGAAUAGUGCAAAACUGUUAUAGAGACCCCAAUGGAGAACACGUCGAGGCACCACAACAGUGA